AGAAGGAGACACGCAGGAGGGAUUUGUGCGUUGUUUUAGCACAAGCCGGUCUGUUUCCUGUUGCGGCUGUGUGUCGGAUAACCGCUCAGCAAGACUGAUAAAGAAGAAUCUACUGGACACCUUUGGGUUCCGGACAGUUUCAGUUUUUAAAGGUCGACCAAUAAUCCAACAGGCCAAUUUACAAUUCAACAAUGUGGACAGUUUACAGACACGGAAUUGCACCUAAAAAGAAGAAGAAAAAAAAACAUGAAGCUGUAAGUUUUCCAGCGAUUUCCAGUAGCCCAUUUAAGCCGGUGGCACAGGAUCAUAAAACCAGGCUAUCUACGUCUCAAAGACUUCAAGAGCUUUUCUUCUCCCAGUGUCUAAGUGAUUAUGGCCCUCUCGAUAGAACAAUCAGGAACAAGAAAAUCCCAGGUCGUCAGGUAGUUCCUUAUGCCAAAUUGAGUAUGGAGACAGACUUGGAGAUCACAGCUCACCUCAAGAACCAUCUGCAACAACAUCAUUUUAAGCGCUCCAGCCAUGAUUCAUCUCCUGGAGGGAAAGAAGCUGAAGUAUUGAACUUUUUGAGAAGUAAAACAUUUCAGUUAAAGGACCAGGCUGUGAAGACCAUGUUUAAUGUCAGUGGGCCUGCAGCUCCACUGGAUGAUGCUCCUCAGAUUCUGCAGAGCUUAGCAGUACUGGAAGAUAAUGAAAUGGAAGACAAAGAAGAGGAGGAUGAGAGCAAGCAGGAUAAAGGAGCUCUUCCUGCAUUGUCAUCUUGUACUGAUGAGGCUCCUGACAUAGGCUCUUCUGAAGGAACCUGUGUAGGCUCUGAGGCUGAGAAGAAAGUAACUUUGCUUCCUAAAGACUGUGGUCAAAAAGGUCAGGAUGUUCAGGACUGUAUUAGUGCAAAUAUCCUGCAAGAGGACACGGAUGGAUGUUGUCAUGUCAGACAGAGGAGAUUCAUGAUCUAUUUGUGUGGAGGAUAUAGAGAUACAGUUGCAGAGCGUUCUGCGCUAAUGGAGAGAGUGUAUCCCCAGCUGUACCUGUACUGUAAGCAGAGAGGCUUUGAUUUUAGAAUGGUUGACCUCCGCAGAGGCAUAGCAGACACAGUUUCUGACCAUCAUGAUUCAGCAGAGCUACAUGUUGAGAUGCUUAAGAAGUGCCAAGAGACAGAGGGACCAAACUUUUUUUUGUUCAUGGGUCAGAAGCAUGAGGUCCAGUCAAUACCCACCAUCAUCUCCCACGGAGACUUUGAGGCCAUUUUGAGAAUUGUAGUAAGAGACAGGAAAAAGCUGUCCAAGAGACAGUCAGGGGUGGAUGAAAGGGCUGUUGAAUCGCAGUCCAGCCUUGCUGUUAGUAAUGAUGGAAGUUUUACACUGGACCGUGGACCUGAGGAGGAGAAGCAUUCAGGAAGUUCUGCCUUAAUGAGCGAAAACUCCCUCAGUUCCUUUUCAGAUGGAGAGGAGACACGGUUGGCCAGAUGCUGGGCAGACUUUGAUCGGGAUUUGACCCUCUUACAGACGUGGUACCGGCUAGAUGAAAACAUGGUCCCACCUGUGUACCGCCUGCUGCCUGUAAGUACACACCAUCCUGACUACUUGAGUCGUGACGGGCAGCGCAGGAAAGCGGCAAGGAAAGCAUGGCGCUCUUCGUGUCUGCGUCUGUGGGGGGUGCUACAGCGUAGUGGCCCAGAGGCCAUUGGAGAGGCAGCUACAUCCCACUUACUCAGAACAGUAUUGGACUGGGAGGUGGAGCAAGGACUAGGAGAGAAACUCCCCGCUGAGGAGUACAGUCACUGCUAUAAGCGCAUCAUCACUGAUCUGCUGUUUAACCUGAAAAGUGAAUACGCCCCACAGUUCAUCGACCUGCACAAAGGCAGACCAGAAAUCAAUCAAACUCUGUACCGAGCCCAACAAAGCUUCAUGCGUAAGAUCCACAGCAUGCUGAGACAUACUAAUAUCUAUGAGACGAAUGUUGGCUGGGGAAGGAAAGGCCUCAACCCCAAACACAACAGAUCCCAUCAGUUCUACACAGAGCGCCUCUGCACUCAUUUCCAGCGCACAGUCACCACAGCCCUCAACAGGGUGAUGCAGGUAAAACCUGCCAAAGGAUCCUAUGACAUAAGGAGAAGAAAAGCUUUACAGACUCAAAUUCAUGAGGAAAUUCAGCUUCACCUUAGCCAUGGAAAAUUACUUGCACAGGGAUUUCAGUUUAGGCAAGAAUUCUUGCUGGAGGUGAGAAAUACUGUGGUAAUGUCCCAGAAUGCUGUGCUGCUGCUGGGGGAGCCAGGAUCUGGGAAGAGCACCAUCAUGGCAGAGGUUGCCCAACUCAUAGCCACCUGGAUACCGGGAGAUGUGAAGGUGCUGGUGUGUUUUGCGGGAUUGACAUCGCACAGCAGAAACGUGCGUCUUGUCUUGCAGAUGCUUUGCACACAGAUAUCUGACCUCUACUGCAAAAACACUGAAAUAUCUGAGUCUUUACCCCAGCUAGUCAGAGAGCUGCAUUCUUUGCUGGUGUUGGUGAGUGAGGACAGGCCGCUGGCUCUAGUGCUGGAUGGUUUGGAUGAACUGAGUGAAGAACAUGAAGCUGAUCUGUCCUGUUUCUACAUUCCUCCACCUCCACAUGUUUACACCAUCCUGUCUGCCAGCACACAAUCAUCUUCUGCUCACUUGCUCAAGACCCAUGCUAAGGUCUCAGUCCUCACUCUGCCUCCUCUGAGCAGUGUAGAGGUCACAGCAGGUUUGACCUCCAGGCUUGCGUCUGACUCUCGUCGUCUUCAGGCAGCUCAGUGGAGUCUUCUAUUACAGCGCUGCCUCUCUUGUCCUAACCCUCUCUACCUCAGCACGGCCUACAGCCAGACCAGCGUCUGGCGUUCCUUCACUGACCCUGAGCAGAUCACUCUUCCUGAGCAGCUGCAGCAACUCUUCCUGACCAUAUUCAUCCGUCUGGAGCGUGAACAUGGAGAGCAUCUCGUGCGCCGUGCUGCCUCUCUGAUCUCUCUCUCGCGGGCCGGAGUGACAGAGGAGGAACUUUUGCAGCUUUUAGGGCGAGACCGGCGUGUUGCCCAGGAGCUGGCACAACUACACAAUCAGACUCCACUCAGUUCGGGAUAUCCCACUGUGCCUUUCAUGCUUUGGGUUCGGCUCAGACGGGGCCUUGGCUAUCACCUUACUGAAGUGGAAAGUGAUGGGACGUGGGUCCUGCGCUGGACACACAGUGAAUUUGGCCGCGUUGCUGUACAGCGGUAUUUGAAAACAGAAGAUGCAGCAAGGACUGUCCAUGCAGACCUGGCAGAAUACUACAGUGGCGGUGAUGCCCCCGAUAGUGACAUUUUCCAGCCACUCGCAUGGAUCAGAGAGGAGAAAGGCAGAAGAAGUUAUGUCUUUAACUUGCGCAAGCUUCACGGACUGCCAUACCACCUCAUACAGUCAGGCCAGAUUCUGUCUCUGCUUAACCUCUGUCUCUUCAACUAUGAGUUCCUGCUACAUAAGGUCUGGGGUCUGUCCAUCUGCCAUGUAGAAGAGGACCUGAAAGCUGCUGUCAUCCCAGAUAAAGAGCUGGUGGAUGUAGAGGUGUUGGUCCAGGCUCUCCGUCUCUCACACUCUGUGCUUCUGAAGGACCCCUGCCAGCUCUCUUCUCAACUGCUGGGCCGUUUACUCCACAUCACUACCCAGGACAAGCCUGUUGCUCCAGGUGAUCCUCGGCGCUACUCAUACCUGCAUACCCUGUUAGCCCAGUGUCAGCUCUCAUCUCUUCCGGUCCUAGUGCCCUCUUACAGUUGCCUCCUGCCCCCAGGAGGACUCACAUACUCUUUGCUCGCAGGUCACAUGAGUCCUGUAACAGCAUUAGCCUUUGGCCAGCAUCAUGCAGUGUCUUGCUCUGUGGAGGGAACCCUUAAACUGUGGCGGUUGGAUGAAACUGUGGCAUUGGCCAGAACUUUACCCAGGUCAGAGGGCCUUAACUCAAGCUGGACAGCUGACUCACUCACCUUGUGUCUGGGGGACAGUGUGUUGGCACUGAGGAUGGGUCACCAGCUCCAGGUGCGAGAGGUGGAGUCUGGAAAGGUGCUUUAUACAGAUAGUGAGUCACUGGAUGUUCCUGUGGUUACAUCGACAUGUGAUGGACAACUGCUGGUGGUCUUUCAUGAUGGGAGUCACAGAGUCAAAGUGUUUGACUUGGCAGCAUCCUGCUCACUGCUGCACUGUGUAAAGGUCACUCUGGGCAGCGAGCCCAUCCACAAAGACAACUCCAUUCUACUCUCCCACAAUUCUGUCAAAGACCAUGUCCUCUUUGCAUACAGGAGUGGUGGAGAAGCUGCUGUUUUCAGUGCUAAAUCAGGGUCAGUACUGGUGACUGUAAAAGCACAGCAGCAGGCUGCCUCCAUACAGGCUGUAGAGAUGAGCUCUCAGUAUUUACUGCUCUUCUGCAGGUAUCCCUAUAAGAGACACAGUGAUAUAAUACACAUCGAGCUCUACAGCACUGCUUCUUUCCAGUUUAUGCGCUCCAUUCUGGGCUGUAGUCAGGACUACAUUUCCCAGGUUACCGUCAACAAGGGCGGGACCCACGCUGUGGCCUUUUGCCCCUCCCCUCGCAGUGUUACCACGGAGAUCAUAACCUGGAAUCUAGAGACAGAGGAUCAUAAACACAUGGCACGCUUUCCAGGCCUUCUGACUGCAGGAAUAUGUUCUCACCUGCAGUUCUGCUUGGGUUUCUGUACGGGACAGCGGUGCAUGCAUCUGUGGAACCUGGCCUCUAGAAUCAAUGACCAGACUCUAACAUACAACAUACACAGGGUACAGAAUGAUGGCACUCAGGAGAUCAUGCCUGUGGACAAAUAUCCCAGCUAUGUAGUGUGCCGCGGGAUGCGUCCUGGUACAGUGCGGGUGUGGAACGUAAGCCGAGCAAGUUUCAGGGGGCGGCCAGUUCGAGUGGAGCACGGCUUAUUCUCCAGCGCUGAUGUGGCUUUGGCUCGAGACCUCAGACUGUACAUUCUGACAGACCGUGGAAUGGCCACCUUCACUGAUACACCCACACCAGUGUACCAGACACUGCUGGUAUAUGAUCUCCUAACCAGAAGCUAUGUUAAGAGGCAGUCAGGCCUCUUCAUUGUACCCUGUCCUCAGCAGGACUACCGGCUCCUGAAGGGGGAGCAGCUGCUUGGCCUGUCCGAGAACCGUGACCAUCUGAUAUUGUGGGACCUGGAAUCUGGCUACAUUAAAGGACGCAUUAAAACAUACCAUAGAGAAUCUCUGCUGACCAGCACCCCACUCAAAGACAUACAGUCCCAGACUGUGUCCACUGGAGAGAGGAAAGGUUUGCUGAUGCCUUGGGACUGGCGCACGGAGAGCCACACAGCCAGGAGGAGGAGGCAGGAGUGUGAAGUGCAGAGAGAGAAAGAGGAGCAGCGCUGCUUAGAGAGAGAAAAACACAACUCCAUUGACCAAUACCUCCUCAGUGGAGAUGAAAAAGUGGUAGUGUGCUCCUACUUCGCCCACCAUCUAAAUGUCUUUAGUGUAGUUACCCAGGAGCACCUGCACACUCUUGAAGAUCGUUGGUCCCUUCUGGGCCUUCGUAUUGCAGCACUCACACACUCAGGAGGACACCUGGUCAUCUCUAACUACAGUGAAACCCAGCGAUCUCCUUACCUCACUCUCUGGAACACGCAGCAUGGCAGGAUACAAAAGAGAUUGAAAAAUCAGCCUGGAAUUUGUUGUGUGGCCAUCACCAGUGAUGCCAGCAGAAUUGCCUUUGGCAUUGCAAAAUGUAACAAAUUAAAGGUGUGGGAGCCUUUUAGGAGAAAGCACAAAACCAUCUCUGGAUAUGGAGACCUGAAGCUCGAUGUGUCCAGCCAGCUGUAUCUCACUGACAGAGGAUCCAAAGCCAUUCUGCUAGCAGAUGAGGUGAGCAUGUGGGACCUGGAUGCAGGGACGCUUCUGUCGGUCUUCACGCCGGACUCCAGAAUCCAGUGCGUGUCUGUACUGAGCAAUGAGAAUAGCAGUCUCCUUGUGGGUUUCAGUGACACCCCCACCCUCAUCACCAUGACUCUCAGCAAGCAGGGGCUCACCACAGCAAGCAGAGACAAACACCAGGAUCAAAUGUUUGGGGAGUCGAGCAGCAGUGAGGAAGAGGAAGAACCAGAGUUGAAUAGGGUCAGAUAAGAGGACUGUUUGAAGCAGAUGUAGAGGACAUGUAAAGGACCAUUCCAGUGUUUUUCAACUUAAUCUCUGUCUGCUACAUCUGUACCGUAUUAUCAGUUACAACACACAGUCAUUUGUACCCAUGUCCUUGUACUUAGAAACCCACUGACCAGAAGCUCUCUUAUAAAAAAAGUAACUGUGCAGUUGCUGAAUUCCACAAUGAAACAUUUAAAAGUCUGUCUAUAUACCACAAAUUCAAAACUACAAACAUGAAUAAGAUAUACAGUACUGUGCAAAGGUUAUGAUCACCUGAGAAUAUUCUAUUUAAAAAGACAUUGAAUUGGGCACUAAGUGUUUAUUUGCUUAGGAAACACUAUUAUUAUAAUAAAUACAAAUAAUAAAUAACAAUAAUACAAGAAGUAUAUAUUUUAUGUGUGAUGGAUGGAGGCGACAGGAGGUGCCUGGAAACAAACCUGUGUUCUAUUAACCAGCUCACAAGACAUCAAUUUAAAUAUACAAUAUUUCGAUCUUUUUUUUAUAUUUUUGAGAUACGUUUUUGUUGUUUUAAUAUAUUUGACAGCAACUUAGAUAAUUAGAUACAACUUUUGCACAGUACUGUAUAUGAGAGAACAUCCUAUGAAGUUUUAACAAACUCUCAAACACUGUUGUGCCACAGUAAAAAGUAGUUCCGGUUACUUUUGCUUUCUCUGAGGUUUUCUGGUAUCUAUGCAUCUAUCAUGAGGUAGAACCUGAGAAAAUUCCAUUCACACCACUACACAUAUUACCACAUAUUCUUCCCUCUGCAAAAAAUAGUCCCAUUGCCGAAUAAAUUAGUGCUGAAUAUUUCCAGCUUCAUUUGUGAAUAGCUUUGUCUGAAGAAUUCUUGAAAGCAUUCUAUACACAAAGUAUGUGGUACAUAUAAAUGUUUACUGGCAGAAUUCAGCAGCUACUCACUGGUUUCUAUAACAAAUGUGUUUCAAGUUAACAUGUCUUCUGUUUCUUUUAGGAAUAAGAAGUUAUUAAGUAUAGUGAAACAUAGUUAAAUUAUAGUCUGUAUAAUACAGAUCUGGUAGGUCAGAUAUGUUUUUUAAUGGUAGAUGGAAGAGAUUAGGUAGAAAAAUGCUAGAAUGUAACAUAAAUACAAUAGACUUUAUACAUGAGUCAUAGUUGCUGAAGAAGUUAAUCCACAGAAUGAGGCUGAAACAGUAAAGAUUCUGUGUCAGCAGUGAGAACCUUCAUCUUCUGCUACCCCAGUUUCCUCUAUCGGUCACAAGAUUCUGAGGUUAUGCUGAAACUAGCGACCUCAGCUACCGAAUAAUUUCAGAUGGUGCAGUACAUCAUUAGUUACAUUCCUCUUAUCAUCUGUAACUGAACAACUAGCUUGCUGGUGGAAUUUGACUUUUGGAAAGCUUUUUUUCAGACAAAUGACAAAUUGUGUGUUUCAAAGUGUGUGUGUGUGUGUGUGUGUGUGUGUGUGUGUGUGUGUGUGUGUGUGUGUGUGUGUGUGUGUGUGUAUGUGUGUGCCAGCAAUGCUGGUUUGUAACCAGGUUUUCCUGUUUCUUGUCACAUGAAUGUCUCACAAAAGGAGUCAUCGAACAGCUUCCUGCCAUGUGCUUCAGUACUGCUACAUAUGGUCAGUCAGACCUUUCGUUGAAAAACAAAGAUGUUUGUUGAACAUUAAUAAAAUAUGUUACAUCAACA